AUGGCUAACCAUAGAAUAAUCAGCGAAGCCACAAACCAUAAUGAUAAUCAUCAUCUUUCUUAUUCACUUCUUCAUGGCCUCAGCAACAAUCCUCCACCUCCUGGAUUCAUUAACCAAGAUGGAUCCUUCGAUUACGGAGAGCUAGAAGAAGCAAUUUUUCUGCAAGGUGUUAAGUAUAGGAACGACGAAGCUAAGCCACGUUUAUUUGCAGGAGGAGGAGGAGCUACGACUCUGGAGAUGUUCCCUACAUGGCCAAUCAGAACUCAUCAAACUCUUCCUACUGAGAGUUCAAAGUCAGGAGGAGAGAGCACUGAUUCAGGAUCGGCGAAUUUCUCAGGCAAAACAGAAAGUCAACAGCUGGUGUCUCCGAUGAGUAGCAAACAGAAUCAUCAUCUCAUUCAUCAGAAUCAUCAUAAUAAUAACAUGGCUAAAUCAAGUUCUACAUCUGGACUUCCCUCUACUUCUCGAACUCCAGCUCCUUUAAAAGCAUCGGAGGAAAAGAGGAAGGUUACAACUUCAGGCAAACAACUUGAUGCUAAGACAUUGAGACGUUUGGCCCAAAAUAGAGAAGCUGCUCGCAAAAGCCGUCUUAGGAGAAAGGCUUAUGUGCAACAGCUAGAAUCAAGUAGGAUAAAACUUUCCCAGUUAGAGCAAGAACUUCAGCGAGCUCGUUCUCAGGGGAUGUUUAUGGGUGGUUGUGGUCCACCUGGACCUAACAUCAGUUCCGGAGCUGCAAUGUUUGACAUGGAAUAUGGGAGAUGGCUAGAUGACGAGAACCGGCAUAUGUCGGAGAUUCGGACCGGUCUGCAAGCUCACUUAUCUGACAAUGAUUUAAGGUUAAUUGUUGACGGUUACAUCGCUCACUUCGAUGAGGUAUUCCAAUUGAAAGCAGUGGCCGCAAGAGCCGAUGUUUUUCAUCUCAUCAUCGGAACAUGGAUGUCCCAAGCCGAACGCUGUUUUAUUUGGAUGGCUGGUUUCCGUCCAUCUGACCUUAUCAAGAUACUGGUGUCGCAAAUGGAUCUAUUGACGGAGCAGCAGCUGAUGGGAAUAUAUAGCCUACAACACUCAUCGCAACAAGCUGAGGAGGCUCUCUCGCAAGGGCUCGAACAACUUCAGCAAUCUCUUAUCGAUACUCUUGCUGCCUCUUCAGUCAUCGAUGGUAUGCAACAAAUGGCCGUCGCUCUCGGCAAAAUCUCUAACUUCGAAGGGUUUAUCCGCCAGGCUGAUAACUUGAGGCAGCAGACCAUUCACCAGCUGCGGCGGAUCUUGACUGUUCGCCAAGCCGCACGGUGUUUUCUAGUCAUCGGAGAAUAUUACGGACGGCUCAGAGCUCUUAGCUCUCUUUGGUUGUCUAGACCACGAGAGACGCUAAUAAGCGAUGAAACAUCUUGCCAAACAACUACGGAUCUCCAGAUGAUUCAGCCAUCGCGCAACCACUUCUCCAAUUUCUGAAUCGAAAUUUGGAAUCUUUAUAUUUAAAUGGCGAAGUUCAUCUGUCUUAAUUUCACUGGUAGAAUACUAUAUUUUCUUUAUGUUGUAUUAGUAAUGCUAGGAUCUUUUUCACCUCUUUUAAAAGAUUAUAUGAAAUUAACGUACCACUUAAAUGGAAGUAUGGAACCAAUUCAUGUGCCCAAGAAAAAAAAAAGAGGCUAUAAAAGAGCAGCAGGGAUGCAUUUCUUUCCUGACGAGUGCACUAGGCUUCGUUGACUUUAUAUACAGUGAAU